ACCCCAAUACCAACCAGGAGCUGCACCUCACGGAACACAUGGAGAAUUAUGUCAAGCAGCACAUGGCGACACAUUUCUCUUACCUGAAUUUCGAAGCCAUGCCCAACUCAGAGAAGCAACACCACCUGUUUCUGGCCCACGAUUACGACCAUGAUAACCAAUUAGACGGCAUCGAACUUAUUAAAGCCUUUAUAAUAGGUCAGGGGUCACGUGUACACAGCGACGAGGAACUCUCAGAUAAGAUUGACUUCCUCCUUAACCACUUUGAUGCUGACAGAGACGGCAAGUUGUCUUUCCCAGAGUUCAGGAGGUCAGCUAUGGUCAUCUCACAACAUUGACCUGAUCUGACCUUCCUGGGGUUCAGAAGGUCAGCUAUGGUCAUCUCACAACAUUGACCUUCCCGGAGUUCAGGUUAGCAAUGGUCAUCUCACAAUAUUGAUCUGGCCUGACCUUCCCGGAGUUCAGGUCAGUUAUGGUCAUAGUCAUCUCACAAUAUUGACCUGACCAUCCCGGAGUUCAGAAGGUCAGGGGAUCAAACAAGGUCACCUAUCACCUUUGACCUGGCUUGCCUGACCUACUCAAUUCACCUAUUGUCAAUUUCACCUUAAGAUUAACCACCUAACACUAACCUAACUUAUUGCUAAUCUAACCUAACCUGAGUUAACCUAACCUAACCAAAUGCUAACUAACCCAACCUUAAUCCCCCCCAAGUAACGUUAGGGUGGUUAAUCGUCAGGUGAGAUCAGGUGUGGGAGAAUUUUCAGACAUUCCGCCAUUUGUGUGUACAGGUAUUCAGUUGUGAUAAUUUUCUAUAUACAGCACUUUGUAAGAUAUAGAUAGAUACAUAUAGAUAGAUAGACAUAUUUCAGUUUAGAUAGGGUAGAUAGAUCGACUCGUAUACAGAGAGAGGUAGUGUUAAUUACCAAUAAAGGUCUACUUAAA